UGGCCGCGGGCCUCUGUGAGGUAGCGGGCCGCUGGCUCCGGGUUCUUAUUGGCCCAGCGCGCCGUCGGUCGGCGGCCGGCCCGCCCCCUCGGAACCGUACAUUUACAGUGUAGCAAAAGAGAAAGUAACUAUGUUGCCGCUGGAGAUCAAUGAAGCCCGGUGAAUGGGGCUGAGAGCGCGAGCCCGCAGCCGAUCGCAGCGCCCGGUGGCGGACGCGGCUCUUCCCUGCGAACUGUCUUGAGUUCUUCUUGAAUUGCCAGUUUUCAGCCUCCUCAUGCCUCCGUCUCCUUUAGACGACAGGGUAGUAGUGGCACUAUCUAGGCCCGUCCGACCUCAGGAUCUCAACCUUUGUUUAGACUCUAGCUACCUUGGCCCUGCCACCCCAGGCAGUGACAGCCACCCUCCUGUCAUCGCCACCGCCGUUGUGUCCCUCAAGGCUGCGAAUCUGACGUAUAUGCCCUCAUCCAGCGGCUCUGCCCGCUCCCUGAAUUGUGGAUGCAGCAGUGCCAGCUGCUGCACUGUGGCAACGUACGACAAGGACAGUCAGGCCCAGACCCAAGCCACCACCGCCAUCGGAACCUCUCCCGCCUGCCCUGCUAACCAGAUGGUCAACAAUAAUGAGAAUACAGGCCCGUUAAGCCCUUUAGGUGGGGUGGGCGGCCCUGUGUCGGGGACCCCCAAGCAGCUAGCCAGCAUCAAAAUAAUCUACCCCAAUGACUUGGCCAAGAAGAUGACCAAAUGCAGCAAGAGUCACCUGCCGAGCCAGGGCCCUGUCAUCAUCGACUGCAGGCCCUUCAUGGAGUAUAACAAGAGUCACAUCCAAGGAGCUGUCCACAUUAACUGUGCCGACAAGAUCAGCCGCCGGAGACUGCAGCAGGGCAAGAUCACUGUCCUGGACUUGAUUUCCUGUAGGGAAGGCAAGGACUCUUUCAAGAGGAUCUUUUCCAAAGAAAUUAUAGUUUAUGAUGAGAAUACCAAUGAGCCGAGCCGAGUGAUGCCCUCCCAGCCACUCCACAUAGUCCUCGAGUCCCUGAAGAGAGAAGGCAAAGAACCUCUGGUGCUGAAAGGUGGGCUCAGCAGUUUCAGGCAGAACCACGAGAACCUGUGUGACAACUCGCUGCAGCUGCAGGAGCGCCGGGAGGCGGGUGGCGCGUCCGCGGCCCCCAGUUCGCUACCUCAGUCGGUCCCCAGCACCCCCGACAUCGAGAGCGCCGAGCUCACGCCCAUCCUGCCCUUCCUCUUCCUCGGCAACGAGCAGGACGCGCAGGAUCUGGACACCCUGCAGCGGCUGAACAUCGCCUAUGUCAUCAACGUCACCACCCACCUCCCGCUGUACCACUACGAGAAGGGGCUGCUCAGCUACAAGCGGCUGCCGGCCACCGACAGCAACAAGCAGAACCUGCGCCAGUACUUCGAGGAGGCCUUCGAGUUCAUCGAGGAGGCUCACCAAUGCGGGAAGGCGCUUCUCAUCCACUGCCAGGCCGGGGUGUCCCGCUCUGCCACCAUCGUCAUUGCCUACUUGAUGAAGCACACCCGGAUGACCAUGACUGACGCUUACAAAUUUGUCAAGGGCAAGCGACCAAUCAUUUCCCCAAACCUUAACUUCAUGGGGCAGUUGCUGGAGUUUGAGGAAGACCUGAACAACGGCGUGACGCCGCGAAUCCUUACACCAAAGCUGAUGGGUGUGGAGACGGUGGUGUGACACAGGUGUGACAGAGGUGUGACACAAGUGUGACAGAGGUAUGGAUGGAAAGGCUUCCUGCUCUCCAACAGGAGACCAACAGGGAAGAGGAUGGAUUCUGUGUUUUCUUUUUCUUUACUGUUUUUAUUUUUUGUGGGGGGGAGUGUAAAGUUUGUGAAUGGAAACAAACUUGUUUGAAAACUUUUUAUUUUUAACAAGCGUGAGAAGACGAUAACUUUUGAUGCCGUUGAGAUUUCCUUCCCACAAACGGACGCAGCAGGGAGGCUAAAGAAGCAAUUUUUUUUUUUUUUAAAGCCGACAAUAAAACUUGUUUCUCCCCCUUUUCCUGUGAAGCUGUUUGUAGAGUUUAUGACAAAAUAGUCUGUGCAGGUUCAUAGACCGAAGAGACUACACUUUAAACCAAUUCGAAAGAACCAAAAGCAAAGAGAGAAGACAUGGAGUCACGAAGUCCUGGGACCCGCCUGGGCCAAACCCAACCAGACCAAGCCCUGCCGUGUCACCGGCACAAAGAGAAGAUCCGGGCGGCUUCCGUGGUCUAAGAACCUUCAGACAUUCAUGAAAGAGGCAGAGGAUGUUGUUGAUUUUGUGUGUUUCAUGCUCUGGAUUUUUUUUUCCUUCUCUGGGUUUAAGAGAUUUUUUUUUUGAAAUAGCAAGGAAUUGACCAUUCUACCGUAAGCCUUCACUGGCUUCUCGUGCAAUAGGACGGUGUUUUGAGUGUGCAGACAGGUUAGAGCUGGCAGCUGAAGGACAGACAGAUGCUACAAACUUGCCAGCGUGGGGAUAGAAAGGAAUCCAGCAGUGCACCAAUUUACUUUCCUUCCCACCUUUUUCCUUUUUUUUUUUUUUUUUUCUGAUUCGAUUCUGGUUACAGUGCCAUAAACCUUGUUACGUAUGUAUAUCAGAAUGUUAAAAAAAAAAAAAGACAAAAAUUUAUUUAAAAAUAUUUUUCGCAAAAAAACAAAAAAACUUGGUCUGUUUCUGUUGAUUGUGUAAAAAUUUAUUUUCAUUACAUAAAUGAAACUCGUUUGGGGAUGUGUCUUUUUUUCCCCCCCCUCCUCUUUUACCUCCGCUCAGGUUCAAGCCUCUGUUUCCUCUGGUAACUCGGACAGGUAACAUAAUCGGAAAUAAAACACACAUUUUUAUACAGAGAAAGGGAGAUGAAGGGAACACACCCUCUGCCCUCAGUGUGGAGCAGAGAGAAUUAGCAAGGACGGGAGAGAGCUGAGUAUUCACCUGCUGGGCACGAUCCCCUCUUUGCUCACAACCUGUCAUCUUCUGCAAGUAUAAUUCCUCGUCCUUUGGAGCAGCCUCAGGUGACAAUGCAGAGAGUGAAGGGUCCCUGUUAGCCUUUGAGCCUUGGUGACCAAACUCACUGCCAGAUCGACUGGUUAAAAUUCAUUGAUCUCCCCAAUGGCUAUUUGAUAAAUAUUCGUGACCAUCUGCCAUUUAGGGGUCUUGAUGGUUCCCCACCCCUCUGUUGCCACUUGCUCACGAGACGUUUUUGGUGACAUUAACCGUGUAGUGCGUUGCAGCGGAUUGCCGUUGCCUACUGUUUUUUCCAGCAAACCGAACUCAGCUUUGUGCAUGUAGUUCCUCGUGAUAACACCUGCUAAUUACCACACGUAGCUGCUUCCCGCGUCACACAUGAUGCGGGCUGGGCUGGGGGAAGGAUACAACGCAAACAUUCUCUGUGUAAUUAAAAUACAUGUCUAGAGGGACUUGGCCAUAGGCAAGAUGCCUGGCAAACUGAAAUUUGCCUGGGGCGAAUAAAAGAGUUGAAAUAUC